AUGGCAGACACCGAUCAAGAUGCCCUCGUCAGCGAGCUCUGCUCCAUCACAGGCACGAGCCCCGAAAAGGCGACACAAUAUCUCGAGGCCAACGGCUGGCAAGUCUCCGCCGCUUCCAACUCGUACUUUCAGGACGAAGAUGAAGGCGCCGAGGCAGGCCCUUCCUCCGCCGCCGCCACCGCCGAUGCCAGCUACACAGGUCCUCGAACCCUCGACGGCCGCCCGGCACCCGCAUCCUCCUCCUCGCGCCCUGCACGAUCGACCGCCCAGCCCAAGCGCAAAGGCGUCGCUACCCUAGGAUCUCUCGGGAGCUCCAAGUCAGAUGCUGCCCAUCAUCACGACGAUGACGACGACGAUGACGACUACGAGGAUGACGAUGAAAGCCGCGGCAACCUGUUUGCCGGAGGCGAAAAGUCUGGCCUGGCGGUGCAAGAUCCCAAGCAGCAGGAUAAUGGUCCGAGGAAGAUCAUCAGCGACAUUUUGGCCAAGGCCAGAGAAAACGCUGGCCGCGCCGACUCCGAAGACGAAUCGAGUAAUACCGCUUCCCACCAGUUCCGAGGCACCGGCAUGACGCUCGGCGGCGAUGGCGUUGAGAGCCGAAGCAUUCCCGACCCCAGUGGCUCGUCGUCUCAGCCUCGCAGCGGCGAGCCCAUCGAGCGCGUGCUGCACAUCUGGCAAGACGGCUUCAGCAUCGACGACGGCGAGCUGCGACGCUUCGACGACCCCGCCAACCAGCUGGACCUGUCCAUGAUCCGCUCCGGCCGUGCGCCUCUGCACCUCAUGAACGUCCAGCACGACCAGGCCGUCGACGUCAAGCUCGAGCAGCACGACACCCCGUACAAGGCGCUCCCCAGAAAGUACAAGCCCUUUGGCGGCUCCGGCCAGCGCCUGGGAAGUCCUGUCCCGGGCGCCCCGGCUGCUGCUGCUGCUGCGCCUGCCCCGGCUGUGUCGAGGAGCUCUGCUGCUGCUAGUGGCGGCGCCGCCCCCAGCAGCCCGAUCCCCGACAUUGACGCGUCGCAGCCCACGGUCACGAUUCGUCUGCAGCUUCCCGACGGCACGAGAUUGCCUGCUCGGUUCAACACCACCAGCACGCUCGGCGAGCUCUACGACUUUGUCGGGAGAGCAUCGGCAGAGACGCAACUGCGUCCGUGGGUGUUGGUCACGACAUUCCCGAACAAGGAGCACACGGACAAGAGCCUGGUGCUGGGAGAAAUGCCCGAGUUUAAAAAGGGAGGCACCGCGGUCGUCAAGUGGAAAUAG